AUGGGCCGACGCAGCGUUGCUUCUCAGGUGGAAGGCGCCAAGAAACAUGGCAUGCUCCAUCUAAUCCAGUACCAGCUCACACAUGUGCCACCCGAACUCUUCGUGAGCGCUUCGUCUGGGCCAUCCUCAGCGUCACCCGGAGAGUUAGCCGGCACUCUAGUGCGACUUGAUCUAAGCUUCAAUCAGCUCGAGGGAUCGCAAGCCAUUCCCGACGCAAUCGGAUCCUUGACUGCUCUGCGCGAGCUCUACGUGAACAACAACCCGAGACUCGAGCAACUGCCGAGCACACUCGGCAACUGCAUCAAGCUCCAGGUACUCGACGCCAGCUCCUCCGCUCUUAAUUCUUUACCCCAAGAGCUUGGCCGCCUGCAACAUCUGCGCGUCAUCAACAUCGACGACACUCCACUGCAACGUCGCUGGGAAGCCAAAGGCCACCUCGUGCAACGGAAUGAGGAUGACGACCCGUUAACAUUUUCGUUCGAGAACAACGACAACAACGCCCCGACUGUCUCCACGACGAUAAGCAGCCCCUCGAAGACGAAGACAAUACAGACGCCGUGCCAGCAAAUACUGCGCAAGCUGCGACUCAAAGAUGAGCGCGAACAGCUCAAACUCGAGUUGUUCGACCUGCUCCGAGACAAAACAUACCGCCUUGAACGCCACGAAGACAGCGUAGCAGCUAGCGCAGUACUUUGCACAGCAUUGCACCGCGUACUCAAGCUGUUCCCGCAGGCAAUCGACGUUCGCUCACUGCUUCGCAACGCUGAGCGACUAUUUCCACAGGAGUUCUCCAUAGAAACCUUCGAGAAGCUGGACGCCAGUCGCAUUCGCCGCGAGUUCGACGUACUGCGGACGGCCACCGAGCGCAAGAAGCGCGCCGCUGACUUGGAGCUGAAAAUCCGCAACCUCUACUUCGACCGCAUCGACCCGAUGACCGUCGAAGGCAUGCUCUCCGACAUCAAGUUCCUCAUCAAAUACGCGCCCAGGUUGUUCCCCAAAGAGGCGCGCAACGUGAACGGCGAGCAGAUCCAGCGCGACCUGGUUGCGCUGCAACAGCAGUUCGCGCGCGAGCGUGCCGCUGCAGUCGACAAGCUGAUGAUCGCCGUCAAAACACUCUACACGUCCGCGCACUCGUAA